GUCUCCACCCGCGUCCGUGCCCCGGAAGCCGGUCGUCCAGGAUCCCGGCAGAGGUGCGCGAUGUCUGAUAGGGACGCGGGGCAGAGCGGGAGCUCGGCGGGGGCCCGCGCGGCGACUGUCAGCGACAUCCACGAGCUGAUGCGUCGCAAGGAGGAGAUCGAGGCGCAGAUCAAGGCCAACUACGAAGUGCUGGAGGGCCAAAAAGGAGUUGGGAUGAACGAGCCGCUGGUGGACUUGGAGGGCUACCCUCGGGCCGACGUGGACCUGUACCAGGUCCGCACCGCACGGCACAACAUCAUCUGCCUGCAGAAUGAUCACAAAGAGGUGAUGAAGCAGGUGGAGGCGGCCCUGCACCAGCUGCACGCUCAUGACAAGGAGAAGCAGGCGCGGGACUUGGCAGAGGCCCACAAAGAGGCCAUGAGCCGCAGGUUGAGCCACAGCGGGGGCCACGGCCUGCCACAGGCCUUCGCCAGAGUGAACAGCAUCAGCCCUGGCUCUCCAGCCAGCAUUGCGGGUCUGCAGGUAGAUGAUGAGAUUGUGGAGUUUGGCUCUGUGAACACCCAGAACUUCCAGUCACUGCAUAACAUCAGCAGUGUGGUUCAGCACAGCGAGGGGAGACCCCUGAAUGUGACUGUGGUCCGCAGAGGUGAGAGACACCAGCUCCGGCUUGUUCCAACGCGCUGGGCCGGGAAAGGCCUGCUGGGCUGCAACAUCAUCCCUCUGCAGAGAUGACUGCCCUGGGAGACGGCAACAGGAGAGCUUCUUCCCGUGCCCUGGACCUCUGGGCCUGGGGGGAUUUCCUCAUUCUCUUCCCCCGCAAGCGUAAGGAUCUGGAAGAGGCUGGAAGCCUGACCAUCUGGGUGGUGGACGCGCCCGGGCCUCCCGUUGUGACCUCUCUGGAUUAAGGCAUUGUUAAAAACAUGAUUUGUGCUUGGCCUCUGGCACAUUGGGCCAUGCCCCCAAAUGGGAAUUUUCUGGAUUGUGAGCAAGUGGGCAGCAAUUAUUCUGGCAGGUGCUGAUGUGACUUUGUUCCUCUAAGAAUUUUGUUUUUCAAAUAAACACCGUUUUGCAGUUCUGA